AUGGAAAAUGAAAGGUUCAACGUUGAGAAGGCUCGCUGCAGUAAGGACGAGUCCUGGAGGCGAAAGUGUGGUUGUCUUCGAACCAGCGAGAAGCUAAAGAGAUUAUUGGAUAAGUUCCCAGCGCCGCCUCCGCCCUCACCAGAUGAAUCUGCCCCGAUGACUUUAAAUUCAAAAUUGCAUAAUGCGACCUGCAUAUCUGCAUAUUGCACACAAGUCCAUAACAAAAUGUUUUGCCAUCCCGAAGCCGCUGCAAAGACAAAAUUAAAGGACAUUGAAAAUGAUGUACCAUUGAAAAAGGACAUUAACAAUGUCAAGUCUUGGCGAAUACUUCGUGAAAUGGUACAGCUCCUACAGUUCUCUGUGACGGCGACAGCUCUGGCUUUAUACUACCUGGUCUACUGCUACAUGCAGCUGAUAUACUAUACGCUCUGGAGCGCUGUCUACUUCCAUAAUGCUGACGGACCAAUGAAGAUAACAAUAACAAUAGUAACGAUCACGUCAAUGGUAAUUGCUUUCAAUUUAAUAUUGAAAUUCGAAAAAAUUAUCGGCAUAGGUUUGUUUCAAUGA